AUGCAAAAGACUACCAUAAUCAUUUCAGAGCUCUCAAAGCCGGAACUUUUAAAAGUCUCCAUCACAAUCAAGCAAUACCUUGUUGACUAUCAAAAGCAAAACAACAUAACGGAAUCCCAAUUAGUCGAAAACUGGUCAGAACUACCAACACUAAGCCGUCUAGUUAUUAUAUUUACAGAAGAAAAGUACGCUACAGAUAUAUUUCAACAUUUAAACACUGCUUUACCAAAUCAUAAAGUUCAUUUAUCAGAAUCCUUGCUAAGAAGACAUAAAUCAUUUGGAUCAUUAGAGGCACCAUCAAACUUGGAACAGGCUCAAUCAUCACUUUACCAAGAACCAGAGCCGAUCAAAAACAAUGAAAUUAAGCUUGAGGAAAACCAACCUCCAAGAACCUUGUUCAAGCCAGAUCUAAGUUUAAACACUGAAAUGAAUCCGAAAGCCCCGUCACCAAGAGGAGAAUCCCCAUCAAGUCCAACUAUAACGUUGGAGGAAUGUUCCACCUAA